AUGUCUCUUCUUGGGAGCCCUUCAUUCUUCCCUGACUACCUCGAUUCAAAGCCAAAAUGGGCAUUGUCUUUCUUGCUCAUUUCCGUUCUUAUUCUUUUACCACCUUUGACAGUUAUUUAUAACAUUACACUCCAUCCGCUGCGACAUUUUCCAGGUCCGUUUCCAGCGAGAUGCUCUAGCUUAUGGGGGUUCUCCCUUAACCUGCGCGGUCGUCGAGCCCAUGAGAUCCAAAAAGCACAUGAGAUAUACGGCCCGGUUGUCCGAGUUGCGCCAAAUCUACUCUCGUUCUCGAACCCAAAAUGUGUCCGCGAGAUCUAUAAUUCCAAAAUCUUUGUGAAAACGCAGGGGUUUUAUCGCGCAAAGAAGAUCUUCCAUGAGAACCAUCUGCUGUCGUUUCGAGAUCCAAUCCAUCAUGGCUCUCUCAGAAAGCUACUAUCUCGCGGCUUUUCUCAGGCAGCUCUAUUCGAAUUCGAACCCCAAAUUGGCGAAAAGAUCAGAACACUGCUCGACCAGUGGGCCAAGUUAUCUUCAUCCCAGAAGGCGAUUGAUAUCUACCCCUGGGCCCAUAUGUUCGGAUUUGACACAAUAUAUCACCUAAUGUUUGGAGUCGACCCCGGUUCUUUGAAAGAAGGCAAAGAAAGCUCUAUCAUGCCUUGGCUACGUUCAUGGAGACCAACGUUUAAUUACAAAGAACUUUUCCCGUUUCUUAAGCAGUGGGGACCCAGAUUCCCGGGGCCAGUUGGUCAGAAGUUUCGCAAUGUCCAGUCCUGGAAGGUGUACGCGACUGAGGUGGUACGUAGCUGCCGAAAGGAUGAGGUCAAAACGGCGUUCCUCAGCCGCGUCUUGGAUGGGGUUGAUGCAUCAUUGGGACGACCUCUGACCGAUUCUGAGCUUGCCGAAGAAUGCAUGGGUGGAAUGUUUGGAGGAAGUGGUACCACGGCGAACACAUUCGUUUUCGCCCUGUGGGGCACCCUGCGAAACCGAAAUAUCGUCCAGCGCUUGAAUACAGAGCUGUUUCAAGCUUUCCCCGACAAAUCAGUUUUUCCAGACUCAGUUGUGAGCUACCUGUUUCAUUCGCUAUCUUUAAUUGCUCUUCUAUAA